CGUGUGGAAUAAAUUAACGGGAACGAGUAACGUUUAGUUGGUACGCAAACUACGAGUGGUACAGUCCGUAAGAUAAAAGUGCAAGCUCGAUUCCGUUUUGAGAGAACGAUAUCCCACGUACAUAUUCCGUUCGUGACACGUUUUUCCUUCGUUAACUCGGCUUCUUUCGUAAUCUACACGAUUGAUUGUGCCUCGAGACAGACUCGAAAAAAAGUGCAGGUUCGCGGAAGUCACGCCCGAGCAUGAGAAAGCAUAGUUUAAUAACAAGGCUUUCUUCAAGACAAAUUUGACUCCUCCAUUUUUAUCAAUUUUAGGAUUUUAUUCUGAUUCGAAGAGUGUUUGGGAAUUUUCUAUAUUUGUGGACAAGAAGUAGCUUCAUCGACGACGCCAGCGGUAUUUCAUAUGCCAACAAUGGCAAUGCAGAAGAUGAGAAGACAAGGUCAAGACGUGAUGCAGGUGAAUUUGGCAGGUAUUAGGCGAGACAUCGUUAAUCUUGCCCACAACUACAGCAAUGCACAGAAAGCUGUACGGAAAGCCACUAGCAAUGAUUCUUGGGGCCCAAGCACCACACUUAUGGCAGAAAUUGCUGAUUUGACAUACAAUGUCGUGGCUUUUACCGAAAUUAUGCAAAUGUUGUGGAAGAGAUUGAACGAUCACGGUAAAAAUUGGCGGCACGUGUACAAAGCUUUAGUUCUCCUAGAAUAUCUCAUUAAAACUGGAUCGGAAAAAGUUGCACAGCAAUGUAAAGAGAAUAUUUUUGCCAUCCAAACUCUAAAAGAUUUCCAAUAUAUGGAGGGAUCUAAGGAUCAGGGAGUGAAAGUACGAGAGAAAGCAAAGCAACUAGUGGCCUUAUUAAAAGACGAUGAAAGAUUAAGGAACGAAAGAGCUAGAGCACUAAAAGCAAAGGAACGAUUCGCACAAUCCGUUAGCGGAUUCGGGAGUGAUGGGUUAGAUACUAUGUCACCUGUGAGCAGUGAUUUCCAGGAUUGGGAACCAUGCCGCCUAGGGUCUGAAUCUACAGCUAGACGUGCAACUGAAUUGGAAGCUGCGAGGCCACAAACAGUGGGGGAAGAGGAAUUGCAGCUACAGUUAGCUCUGGCAAUGUCUAGGGAGGAGGCAGAGCAAGAAGAACAAAGAAGACGCAGCGACGACGUUAGAUUGCAGUUAGCCCUCAGUCAAAGUCAGCAGGAUUUUAAAGCCCCGCAAUCUGAGAAACAAAGUCAUGUACUAGAUUUGUUGGAUGUAAACUUGGGAGGAGAAGCAAGUGGAUCUACUGUACAAACUGAUCCUUGGGGUGUACCGAUUACGGCACCUUCCCCCAGACCACAGUCUUUGGACUUAUCUCAGUUUUAUGUGUACCAGCAACAGAAUGAUCCAUGGAGUGUUCCCACAACCAGCAGUACGUCGCCCGUAGUAGAUCCAUGGACUCCUGCUCCACCGCAAAGACCAACUGCUGCGAUCGAUCCAUGGCGAGCACCUGCACCGUCGCCUGUGCCAGUUACAUCUCCACCUUCGGCAGAUCCUUGGGCACUGGUAGCGCCUAACGCUGAAACCGAUCCAUGCAAAAAGCAGACUGGACGAGAAGGUUUAACAUCCGGAUCUCCGUCUUUCAGCAAUCCUACCUUAACGCAGAAUAUCGGUUUCGCUGCGCAGUCUCCGCAGAACAUAGGCUUCAAUUUGCCUACAACUUCGAGCGCUACUUUCAACCCUACUAGCAAUGGUUUCAAUGGGACUGGGCCUAGUUUUAACAACUUCUCAGCAGGAAAUCCGAACAACAAUUCUGCGACCAGUCCAUUGAGCGACCUAGACGAAUUUGACGUAAUUACUAACAGAAAUAAGCUCGGAUCUAGUCCACAGCCAGCAAAUAACGGAAGUGCACUGUCACCGGACCCGUUUGAUCUGGGAGGUAUGGCCGAAAAUCUUCCUAUUAGUACAGGAGCUAUUAAGAAAACGCCGCAGUCGUUUCUCGGAGAGAACUCCGCCCUGGUCAAUCUUGAUAAUCUUGUCAGUACUUCUACAACCAAGCCUGCGUCACCUACGCCUACAGCACCCGUGUCAUAUUCAGCAAAUCCAUUUGCGACGGCAACAGCACCACCUCGUCCUACGAUCAAUCAGAUUCGACAGGAUCCUUGGGCAGCGAAUACAACUACUACAGCGAAUCCGUUCCUCUCGUAGCUUGAUGAUAUAAUUGUCGAAGGCGUCGGUUAAAAUAUCCGGAGCACUGUCGUCUAAAAAGUAUUCGAGGUUUUUUAGCGGUAACCCUGUACGGUAUAAGUUUCUUGCUCGCUACGAACUACCUUUAUUUCGAGAUAUAAAUGACACAUACAAAUGACAGACGAAACGUCCUACAAAAAUAAAGUAUUCGGAAAACAUCCGUUUUAACAUUUGAAAGUAACAGUUGUCCUCUUUUACGAUUAAUUAGAGCGAUAACCGAUCUCUCUGGUCUUAAUUAAUGAAAAACAGAAGCGUGGAGGAAUGAAAUACACCGAUUUGUUUCAUUUAAUUCGCCUGAACUGAUAAUUGAAGUUUCCAAAGGAUACCGCUAACAUCGACAUUUAUUUCUACGUAGUAAUAUUCCUUUAAAAUCCACUAAAUAUUCAUUUCUUUUGCUGUUUAUUGGGCAAAAGUGUUUGUGUCCGUUAUGAUUGAAUCGCUUGUAUUUUUAUCGCGUAACGAUGAAUGAAUAAGGGAACUAACUCGAGAAAAGGUUAUACACAAGAUGCGAAAUGAAGUGACAUAAAAGGAUGUAAAUCGCUUACGCGCUCCCAAGGUAUAACUAGAUUUUAUAAGCACCUUUUUCAUAUAUAGUAUAUUUUUUAAGUGCGACUCGAUUUGGUAAUAGAAUAGGUCAUUGAACGAUAUUUUCCGUGGGCUAUACAGGAAUAACGUGAAGCGAAGUAACGGUUGGCGUCAGAAUCAGUUUCUUUGUCCAUCUAUUUAUAUACGUGUUUUUCUACGGCUAACGAGAUCGUGAGACUGUAAUCGUGAUUUGCAAAAGUAUAUUAUAUCGAACAGGGUUCGUCGGUUUAAGUUAUACGCUUUAUGUGACGCGUAUCGAUCGCGGUUCGUAUAAAUAUUCGCGACAUGGCAUGCCUUUUAAUCGAAACGAUCGGUAACGAUGUGGCUAAUACUCAUCUUGUUGAAAGAGAUGCGUGUGUUAGUAAUACGAUCUGUCGUUUGCUAAUGAUUUACUGGGUUUAGUAACACCUCGGAGUACUUGCGGACGAAACAGUUAAAGGCAGUAUCGCAGUUGCCAGAAGUAAUAUCGUCAUCUUUGGAUACCGUUUAAGUACACACGCAAUACGUACGAGCCGAAUUUAGUUAUGAAAUUUUACGUAUUUGGUUUCGGGCGACUGUUCAAUGUUACUCGCAUAGGCUUCAUGCACUGCAGAGAAUGAAACAUAGACGUAGCUGAUAUGCAUUUUCCUAUCGGUGAAAAGUCGCUGUUGAAUUAACUCGGAGCGUUCUUAUGAUUUUACGGAAGGUCGUUAUCGAUGCUAUAGGUUGUGUUGGUUUACGCGAGAAAUUGAGAAUUCUAUGAAUUUUCGGUGAACACUUUUCCAGGCAAACCGGGGUAUCCGACUGUAAGAUUUAACGAACCAACAUGAUCUUAGGAGGAUUAUGUGAAGAGCAUUAGCUUUCGUUGUACGCGAAACAAUUUACAAUUGUACCUUGAUUUAUAUAAAGAAACAAACAAAACAAAACAAAAAAAAAAUUGUAAAUAUGUUACAGCAUAUCGUUCCCCAAUUGUCAAGUCUCUUUUGUCCAUCUAUAGUCGAUAUAGUAGAAUAUUCUAACGAAGCCUGAAAGUGUUUUCUAACAUCUUACGCGUUGUUUCCCCGGUUUUUUUGGGGGGGAGGGAGUAUGGGGGGGGGGGGACAUUGCUGAGUUCGUUAUUUUACAUCCAUACUUUUCACAUUCGAGCGAGUGAGACUAUCAAUGACCACUCCAUGAACACCGGUAUGAUGUUCGUCUUUCUUAACGAUGGUAGUCGAUAAUCAAAAUAUGUAUUUAUUAGUAACGUUUUUAAUGAACUACUUUCCAAGGUAGUGUCGAUACCAACUCAGCAUUUCGUUUUUAAAACUAUUAACGCAUUUUACAAUUUUUAUACGAGAAAACAGUUUCGUGGAUUCAACGAUUGGCAAAGGGGAACUGUAUUUGCCUGCUUGUCCUAAGUGAAUCAUACAUGAAUUGUACGCGAUUUAAAUUUCUGUUAUAAGUAAAUAUCGCUUAAAUAAUUCCAUUGUAUUAUUCUUCAUUAAAUUAAUUUGUUUCUUUAUGCAUUUUCAACAUACUUGCUUAUAUGAUUGAAAUUGUAUAUUUAAUAUGUAUUUAUCCAGAUGUUCGCGAAAAUAUGAAGUUAAGCAGUAAGGGUGGGAAGUCACUUUGAUACACGCAAAAUGAUGUACACCGACGUACAAUGAUCUGCAUUCACUGCUUUUUAUAGGGAAGCCACGAUACUUAGUCAUCGUAUCUGCUAAAUGUGCAAUUUAACGUCUACGAUCUUUUUCUUCGAUUUGUUAGUCGUUUACACUUGUUAUUUGUAUCUUGCAAAUAUGUAUUUUUAACAUACGAAAACGAAUAAUUGUUACUCUUCUGCAUGUUAACGGUGUGAUGCACACGCUUCAUUUUUACGCGAACAAUGGAACACUGUUUAGUUUUUAGAGUUGGUGUAAGUGCAGAAAAAAUUCAAAGGACAUUUAUGAAUGAAUAUUAUAUAUUUUAGUAGAUUAUAUUAUUAUUAUUAUAUUAUUAUUAUUAUUAUUAUUAUUAUUAUACAAAUAAAUGUAAAAAUUUUUAAU